AUGGCUCUCGGCUUCGCUGCCCUUACCGUUGGACAGUUCCAAACCACUGUCACUUCUGUCAGCUGCGCUGUCUGUACUGCUGACACACCGACCCGCUCCAACGGCUACACUGCCCCCACUACCGACUCGAGUGAUCUCACCCUCACCAUCACCAAGUACCAUCGCCAAGAUCCCCCAUCUUCGACUUGUACAAGCACCACCGACACUCGCGUCGACGUCACCGAGUAUCUUCCUCCCAUUUCCACUCACAUUCAAUGCGGUCCCGACAAGGCUACAACCACCUGCUCUACCUCAUACGAGUGCGGUUGCCACUCCACUCACUAUACUCGGCCCUAUGCUCCCGACACACAUCUCUGCUUUCCUGAUGAAACACGUACGAUUUCGUAUCCAGACUUCGGUGCUGGCCGUACUCAGCCUGGACGCGGUGUCGCUCGUGCGGCAAGGCAGACAAACGCACCCAAGCAGACAUGGACGAGGACCCAUAGCCAGUCUAUCGCAGCUAGAGCUACAUCCCAGGACUUGGGUGGACGGUCUCAGCGUCGCGUUGCGAGGGAGGCUGAAGCUACGGCUGUCGUAGCUCCUCGUUGCGAGCCUGGAAAGUUCGGUCCUGGAUGCUUCCCGAUUAUUACCCAUCCGGCAGCCGACGCUAUCGAAGCAUUCCAGGCCGAGCCUACCGUCGCCGCAGCACCUUGCGACCCCGGUUACUUUGGUCCUGGAUGCAAGGCACGCGAACCUGUAGCGCCUCGCUGCGAGCCUGGGAAGUUCGGCCCUGGAUGUUUCCCGAUUAUCACGCAUCCAGUAGCUGACGCUAUCGAUGCACGCGAGGCCGAGUCUACCGCUGUAGCUGCUCGUUGCGAGCCCGGCAAAUUCGGUCCCGGAUGUUUUCCCAUCGUAAUCCACCCGCCUUCAGCCAACGCCGUCGAGGCACGCCAGGAUAUGUCUACAUCCUGUCGUCCAGGCUUUACUGGUACCGACUGCCAUAUGUGCAUCCCUGGAAGGAACGAGCCUGGUUGCCCACCUUCACCUUGGCCCCCUGUCGACGCAGCUACUACGCCAGCUCCUACCGCGACCACUUCUCACUAUGGUUGCCCGAGCGGUGUUUGUGGUCCUGGCUGUCGCUGGGGCCAUGAGUGCUUCUCGAAGAUUGGACGUGGUGCUGAGGCUACCGCUGUGGCAGAGGUUGUACAUAGUACCCUUCUUACACUGAGGGUCUAG